AUCAGGCUGGCUGCGAUCUGUCAGUAGUCGUGUGUGCGAGAGUCCUGCGCCAGAAGGGAACCGCGUUACGGUCGAGGCUGCCGCCGCCGCCGCCGCCGCCGCCAGGAGCGCGAUCGCCAGCCUAGAACUUGGCGAGAGGAAACAGCUGAGCGAGGAGGGAACCCGAGCCGAGGCAGAAGCACCGGAGUCGAGCCUUUUGGGGGAGGGGGAUCCGGCUGGAAACAGCAGCAGCAGCAGCAGCAGCUCCGUUAGCCUUCCCUGCACGGACGCUCCGCAGCCCUUUCCAACCUCCUUGGCCGUCCACUGACAGGCGAUCGUGAAAUCCAGCCAGCCUUAUAUGAUGCCCUCCAAAGCCAGCCCGUUUUCUCUGCUCUCCUCCUCCUCCGAUCGUUAGCCAUUCGCAUUAUUUUGGUUAAAACCUUGCCGGAGAGAAGAACUCCGGAGCGUCCGCGUCGUUUGCCUGCCCUGGCUGCCGCCUCCUUCUCCUCCUCCUCCGCCGGUUCCCAUCUCGGUGCGGUUCCCUUGAUCCCCUGCAGAGCAACGUGCCCCGCGGAAGAAAAUCAGGGAGAGGGAAGGAGCUCCGGGAAGAUGAGGACGCCUUUAAAGUCCACCGUGGCUUUUUUAUAAAGGAGAAGCGCGCGCGGGGGGGGGUCUAUCGCCUGCAUGGACGAGCACCAGGAGAAAGCCAUCAUCUUCACCUCCUCUUUUCCCUCCGCUGAGUGCCGCUGCCUCUUCACCAAGGUUCAUAUGGAUCAGAGUCUUUUGAAUGGACAAAAGAAGAAUCUGGAGUAAUUGCAGUAUAAAACUGUAAAACAGCAAGUCCUGCAGCAGGAGCCCCGUGAUGAAGUGAAGGGGAGUGCCUGGAAUCUCCAAAGAGAAAUGGGAAAUCCUGCAAGGUUGGCUCCUUAACUGGGGUGGUGGAGGAUUGUGUUUGAGAGGGGGCAACACUCCCUCCCUGCUUAGGCAAUGAUGUCGGUGGAAGGAUCAACAAUUACCAGCAGGAUAAAGAACUUGCUGCGAUCUCCCUCUAUCAAACUGAGAAGAAGCAAACCAGGCAGCAAGCGGGAAGACAUUGGAACCAAGGUGACAUUGGAGAAGGUGUUGGGCAUCACUGUCUCUGGAGGCAGAGGGUUAGCCUGUGACCCGAAGAGUGGUCUUGUUGCCUAUCCAGCCGGGUGUGUCGUCGUGCUGUUCAACCCCAGGAAAAAUAAGCAACAUCAUAUUCUCAAUAGUUCCAGGAAGACUAUCACAGCCCUUGCGUUCUCUCCUGAUGGGAAAUACCUGGUUACUGGAGAAAGUGGGCACAUGCCUGCUGUUCGUGUAUGGGAUGUUGCUGAGCGGACCCAAGUGGCUGACCUCCAAGAGCACAAGUACGGAGUGGCCUGUGUGGCAUUUUCCCCGAGCUCCAAGUACAUUGUCUCAGUGGGUUACCAGCAUGACAUGAUAGUGAACGUUUGGUCAUGGAAGAAAAACAUUGUUGUGGCAGCCAAUAAAGUCUCAAGUAAAGUGACAGCUGUUUCAUUCUCUGAGGACUGCAGCUACUUCGUUACAGCUGGAAACCGCCAUAUAAAAUUUUGGUACCUUGAUGAUAGCAAAACCUCCAAGGUGAACGCGACAGUCCCCUUGCUGGGCCGUUCGGGUUUGCUGGGGGAACUGAGGAACAACUUCUUCACAGAUGUAGCAUGUGGCAGGGGCAAAAAAGCAGACAGCACUUUCUGUAUCACUUCCUCAGGUCUCCUCUGUGAAUUCAACGAAAAAAGGCUUCUGGACAAGUGGGUGGAGCUGAGAACCACGGUGGCAAACUGUAUCUCUGUCAAUCAUGAUUACAUCUUCUGUGGCUGUGCAGAUGGAACUGUGCGGAUUUUUAACCCUUUGAACCUUCACUUUGUAACUACACUCCCCAAACCACACUUUCUGGGAACAGAUAUUGCCAGCAUCACGGAGGCCAGCCGGCUCUUCUCCAGCACGACAGAUGCCAAGUAUCCAGACACCAUUGCCUUGACCUUCGACCCCAAUAACCAAUGGCUAUCAUGCGUUUACAAUGAUCACAGCUUGUAUGUGUGGGAUGUCAAGGACCCCAAGAAAGUGGGCAAGGUUUAUUCUGCCUUAUACCACUCCUCAUGUGUUUGGAGUGUUGAGGUGUACCCUGAGGUGAAGGAUAGUAAUCAGUCCUGUUUACCUCCAAACUCCUUCAUUACUUGCUCCUCUGAUAAUACCAUCCGCCUCUGGAACACCGAGAGCUCCAACAUCCAUGGUGCCACGCUGCAUCGGAACAUCCUGAGCCACGACCUGAUGAAGAUCAUUUAUGUAGAUGAAAACACUCAAGCUCUCCUGGAUACAGAGUACAACAUGGGUGGAGGUGUGGACAAGGCUGACACACAGACCUUGGAUGCAAAAGUAGGGAUUCGCACAGUGUGUGUGAGCCCAACUGGGGAGCACCUGGCCUCAGGUGAUAGAAUAGGCACCCUCAGGAUCCAUGAGUUGAAGUCCCUGAGAGAGUUGCUGAAGGUGGAAGCCCAUGAUUCUGAGAUCCUCUGCCUUGAAUACUCCAGACCUGAGACAGGACUGAAACUUCUAGCAUCAGCGAGCCGGGACAGGCUGAUCCAUGUUUUGGAUGCAGGAAAAGAUUAUAGCUUGCAACAAACCCUGGAUGAGCAUUCAUCCUCCAUCACAGCAGUCAAGUUUGCAGCCAAUGAUGGAAAGGUGCGAAUGAUAAGCUGUGGAGCAGAUAAGAGCAUCUAUUUCCGUACUGCACAGAAGACAGGUGAUGGGGUUCAUUUUACUCGCACACACCAUGUUGUCAGGAAAACCACUCUUUAUGACAUGGAUGUGGACCCUAAUUGGAAAUAUGCUGCUAUUGGAUGUCAAGACCGUAACAUCAGGAUUUUCAAUAUUAGCAGCGGGAAGCAAAAGAAGCUGUAUAAGGGAUCCCAAAGUGAAGAUGGCACCUUAAUUAAAGUGCAAACAGAUCCCUCUGGUCUUUAUAUUGCAACAAGCUGCUCUGACAAGAAUCUUUCCAUCUUUGAUUUCUACUCAGGCGAGUGUGUGGCCACAAUGUAUGGGCACUCAGAGAUUGUAACAGGGAUGAUGUUCAGCAAUGAUUGUAAACACUUGAUCUCAGUCUCUGGUGACAGCUGUAUUUUCAUCUGGCGUCUGAGUUCUGAAAUGACAAUCAACAUGCGGCAGCGGCUGGCAGACAUGAAACAAAGAGGAAAGCAGGCAGAGAAAGCACAACCAGGCAAAACCACUGGUGUUACCAGGCAUGAAUCAGCCUCUGUCCUCUCAUCUGCACCGGUGCUCUCAUCGGACAGCGAGAAAGAUGGUGAAGAUGAAGGGAAUGAUGAGGAUGAGUUACAUGGUCUGCAAGCCUUCCAAAGGCAGACCAGCUGCAACACUGAAAGGGAUUCAGGUUCAGACCUUUCUCUUUCAAGAAGUUUAUCCCACUGGGAAAUGAGGAGGGCAAAAGAAAUGGCAUUGAUCCAGGGUUCAGAGACUGCUAUGAGCAAGGCACCUCGGCAGCGUGGCCGCUGGUCCCAGCCCACAAGCAGCAUAGAGAUGACAGUUAAAUCCAUGCUUGAUUUACGCCAGCUGGAGUCUUUCUCAGUCUCCCGUUCUGCUAGUCACGAUUCCCUUUCUCAAGUCAGUGUUGGGGAUGACCAAGAAGAACAUCCUGAUCUCUCUCUGUGUGUCAAUAAUGUUGGAAGCUCCACAGCUCCUCAGGAAAACCAGCCUUGUGUUCGACCCCAAAUUAUUCGGCUUGUGUCCUGUGAAGGUGGAAUUUUCCCACAGGAACUUGAGCCUUCAGAGAGCGAGGAAUGUGUGAUUUACCCAGAACAAGAUGAGAUUCACCCUACAGACAUUAGCAGUGAGUUCCAGGUAAAAGCACUUCCUCAUGGGAAACUAGGUAGAGCGUACAACAGCAAUGGGUGCCCAGACAAACACAGCCCUGACAGCGCCUGCUCCAUGGAUUACAGUAGCAGCCGAUUGUCGAGUCCAAAUGAAGAUUCUGAGAGUACAGAACCUCUCAGCGUGGAUGGCACCUCAGACCUUGAUGAACAGGUGGGAGAAGAUGACGAGAUGGACAUAAGCACCGGAUUGUUGGAGGGAGACACCCCCAGGACUCCAGAUCAGGAGAAGUUCCUCAAGCAGCAUUUUGAGACUCUAGCCAGUGAUGGUGAUAAGGGUGGUUCAUGUAGGAACUUGGAGAGAACAGAGAAGAGUAUUUCUUCUCGUUUCCUAUCCCAGACCCCAGCUGCAAGGCAGCUAUCACUUUCUUCAUCAAAUCUAGUGCUGGAUCGGAAGUCAAGUGAGGGCCUUGCCAUGCCAAAACACAUUUCUGCUGAUCUUCUGAAAAAUGGGAUUGAGCACCAGAAUUCAACCAUAGAGAAUGGCAUUUUUCAAAAUGAUACUAAUUCCUUUAGGUCACUUUAUAUGCAAAGAAAGAGGAAGCCUGCUUUAGAGAUCAGCAGAGGCCCGGGAAGAUCCAUGGGGCCUUUCCCAGAUAGUGAUGGGUCAGUGGUGAUGAGAAAAUCCCAAUCAGUUCAUGACCUGGUUCACAAUGAUAAAGGCCCAGGGGUGAUGCCUUCUGCCAGGCAGCGUCCUCAAACGCUAAUGGUAGGUGACAAGGACCCAAGGUCAAAUAACUGUCGGGUGUCGCCUACAGUUUUCUUGAAGAUGGAUGGCUCCAAUCCUCUGCAAACCAAAGACAGCAAAGCUAUGAAACCAAAGUCUUACAUGAGCCCCACCACUAGCUUCAUGGCCAAGAUGUCCCGUAGUGUAUCCAUGGGAGAGAAUCUAUGCCUUGGUGACUCUGCAGAGAAUCUGACUGAGGUGAAAGUUACUCCACAAGUACCAGAAAAGAAACAAUUAAGUCCUGCAGGUGACACUGAGAAAAACAAAGGCCUUGUAAAAGAAAAUGGCCCAGUGAAACCUGCUCUUCAGCAAGCCACAAGCACUUCAUCGCCGAAGUCCUUUCACAACAAGUUAGCAUCUAACCAUGCCCAUUUGAUCCUUGACAUCCCUAAACCUUUGCCCGACAGACCAACAUUGGCUUCUUUUUCACCAACCGCCAAAUCAAAAACACACCUAGAGUCCGAGCCUCCCCACUCCCCCGCUGGUGUUGGUAAAAAGAAACACUCCUUUACAGAAGGAUGGCCCUCCAAGGCAGAAGGCCAAGCCGUUGGUUCUCUAGCAAAUCCUCACACCAGCACUCUAAAAGAGAACCAGGCAUUGAUGCAAACCAAAGGCCAGCUUGAACCAGGAGCAGCUAAUCCCAAACUGGAGGAGUUUUCAGAUCGCCUGCUUCCAAAGUCUCCUGUGAAAACGCCAGAUGGAUGCAGAGAGAAAGCUGCCAGCCCUGGUGGCAUGCCAGAUAAUCAGCGUGAGCUUUGUUCUUGUGAACCAAGUGGGCCAAAUUCUCCAACAACUGUGGCAGCGCUGGCAGAGGACUCAGGUGUGCACGGAUAUCCGUCUCUAAUCUUCUUUCCCCUACUGUCGCCUGUCUUUGUGAAUCGCUUCACACUUCCAUCACAUUUCUUUACGUCCAGCUUCUGGCCUGUCUCGUCCUGUCUGCACCUGUCUCGUUCCAUAAGUCAUCCUUUCAAUGGAGACUCUCCUGUCAGUGUUGAGCAGUGCAAGCACGUUGUAUCUGAGCUUCAAGACAGUAUGCGCAAAGCUAUUCAUCUAUACCAUCUGGUCUCUGCUGAUACGGAGUCUUCAGCUGACAAACAUGAAAUUGCUGGCCUCCUGAUGGAUACCUUCUCUGUGAUGAAAAAGGAGCUGGAUUCCCUGAAGGAUGAGAAACAGAUGCAAAGAGAGAAAGAAGCAUUGGGGGAGCCACCAGAGACAGUUAUAAUGCCACUGGCUGAGGGAGGUGGUUCUGCUUUACCCAGUCCACGCCAUUUUGGAAAUGAGCAAACUCUUGCUUUGUUGGAACAGUACUCGGAGCUGUUGCUACAAGCUGUUGAGCGACGUAUGGAUAAAAAACUCUAAGGAGUAUUUCUAAUCAACAUAAGCUUAUGAUAGAACACUAGUCACCACACAAAUCCAUUUCAUGGGUCAGGUUCAUGGCAGAAGCCUUGAAUGAAUGCUAUUAUUUGUUUUUAUGAGGAUUUUUUUAAGCAACAAACAGUUAUUUUGUCUUUUUUUUUUUUUUUUUAAAUGUGCUGGUCACAGUACUAAUUUUUCUGAGCCCCACUGUUUCUCUUUUGAGUGCUACGCAAACCUCUUUGAAAACUAUUUCUCAUAGACAAAAUAUUUAGUCCCUGCCCCCAAAACAACAACAACCAGAAAGCACUCCAGUUGUGGCCCAACCUGUAGCUGCUGACAUGACAGAAAGAGAUCAAGAUGACCCCAAUCAUUCCCCUGCAGCACUCUUUCUGUUUAUGCAGACUAUUAAAUCUUUUAUUUAUUAAUUUAUUUUUGUGAGUGUUGCUCUAAAACCUUUUGUGGGCACUUCGUAGCCAUAACUAUUUCUGCAUCUUUCCUACAAUGUCUAGUAAGACUAAUUUUGUUACUAGUACUAGUAGAUGAGGAGGUAAGAUGAUUCAACUACUUUCCAGUGAACACUGCCUUGAUGAAAUCUGUUCCCUUAUACCUGGAUUUACAAUGUAUAGGGUAUUUUUGUUUUUAUGUAUUUACAAAGUCUUGUUCUCUCAGCUUUGCUUUUUAUUUUAAAGAAGAGCCAUGCUUUAUCCAUAUUGACUACUUCUACAGGACAGUGAAUCCUUUGGAUCAAGCUCUGGAGAUCUGUUACAUGGUUAUUGGCAAAUGGAUUGGCUUUUUGAGAAGAAGUUUUCAGCAUUUUUUCAGGUUUUAUAUAAACUCUAAGGAGUAUUUCUAAUCAACAUAAGCACCUGGCUUCCUGUUGGAUCCCAAAGGUUUAAAAAGAAGAAAAAGAAGAAUUGUCCACAUUUGUUACGAAGCUCUUAUUAGUGUUGUUCAAAUGUAGAUGCAUACUGGGCUCUGCUCUGGGUCUUAGGAAGAUUCUGACUUUGGGAAUGUAGAACUUGAGGAACAGGGUGAGCAUAUAUACCAUACAGGAUAGUUCCAGAUUUUAUUUAUAGCUUUGAAUCCACUGUAAUAUGAAUUUAAACAAUUAUCGAGGACAGUCUUGUGUUAUUAAAUUCUCUUUGCAAAAAUCAUAAGAUGUAUCUAAUAUCCCAAGAGGGUGAUUCCUUUGGCUUGUCUCUAUGGCUAAAACCAGAAAAUUAAGUGUGAGAGGCCAGCAAAUGCAGACUGUUGUGAUGUAACCAUCUCUGUUCCUUUUUUCCAUAACAAAUCUUUUGGAAGGAUUUUUUUUUUUAAUGUCAGUGGGGUGGGAAUUUUGUAUGUAAUAGUGUUCAGUGACAACCACACUUUGUCCAACUGCUCCAAUUUCUCUAUCAAUUGGUGCUGUUGUUUUUCAAAUAAAGUACAAAAGAAUGGAUCUUUUUCAGUUAAUCAAAAAAAGAAAAGAAAAGAAAAGAAAAUUCCCUUCCUGGAAGGAAGAUGUGAAUAUUUUUUAAUUUAUUAUGUCGUGUUUUUAUCUCUUUCCCUCUGUGUAUUUUUUUUUAAUGUCGCAAACACAGCACAAUUCCUUAUGCAAUGAAUUAUUAGCAUUAUAUUGUUCCCAAAGUAUUGGCUGAUACUGAGUAAAACCAUUUAAAAAUGUUUUUACUAACUUUUUAGUGCUACUCCCUCUGGUCAGAGAGCAGGUACAUAUGUUGUUAUCAGUGUGGAUGUCUGGCAUUAUUGAUAUAGUGCUUUCUGAAUAUGUCCCCUAUCCGCCCCACCCGUCUUGUACUUUUGAAAUUAUCAUGGUAGUUUUGUGCUUCACUGCCUCACAGGCCUGGCAAACUGCAGUGCACACCUUCUUAUCUGGCUCUCAUUUUGUGGUGCUUCAGUGCCGAGGGGCCUGCAAAGCAGACUUCGUCUUGGCUGGCUGGCCAGCCCACCAUCUUUAAUUGAGUUCCAAGGCUGGGGACUUGGGAUGUUUUUAGUCAUUUUCAGCAUGUUUCUCCCAGAUACUUCUGGCUCUGUCUUGGUCACAUUAUUUCUCUGAACAGACUUGAAUGGUAGCUAAGAUGCACUCACCAGAAUUGAGAUUUCCUAGUGUUUUCCAUCUGCAGGUGAGCAUGGAGUAGGUCAAGGUCACAGCUGGCACCUGUGGCAGAGGAAUCUGAUUGCCAGGAAUUGUCAGCUGGAGUAAUCCCCACAAUUCUUGCACAUAAGUUAAUCAAAAAGCAGGAUGGAUCUCCUUUUCAUGUAAAUGUCAGAAAAAAGGCUUAGUAGGCAAAACACCUUCCUUUCCCUGUUCACAUUUAUACUGUGAAAUACUUUCGUGCUCAGGAAACUUUAUUAUUCUGAUACACACAAACAUUCAGGUAAUGAACCAUAUUUCCAACAUGGGUAUGCCCAUUGUGUGAAAAAGGGAGAUCUGGAGGUUCUUCAGAUAAUCUGAAGUCCCUCUGUGUACUGGUGUGGGAUCAGAAGCAAAAUGUUGGAAGACUGUACCUUAAUGCUAUUGAUACUUCAGCAGUCACUUGGUAAUGAUUUAUCUGAUACUGUCGUGGAUGAAAGGCAAUAUCAAAUAAAUUGCACAUUAGUGUCAAACCGAGGUUUCCAGCAGGAAAAAAAAUAAUUUUGAAAUUGAGUACACUUUCAUGGAUCCAAGUGGGAAAAUAAUCCAUGGAGUCUGAGGGUGAACUAGAAUAGUAGUUUUAUGUGGUCUUGAGUAAGUAGAUGUGUAAAGAGGUAUGGAUGGGCCUAUAGUUUCUAGCAUUGCAUUAAAGAGUAUAAGCAAGACUUCUAGAAAUGUAGUAGUAGGGCAAGGAAUGUGGUGAGCUCGAAAGGCAAAAUACUGAUGGAAUGGUUCUAAAAUAGGAGAGAGGCAGUACAAGCAAGCAGAACUCAGAACGAAUGUGUAAAUUAAAAGAUGAAAAGAUAUAUUGGUGUUAUCCUUUAUUUUCCCACUUGUAUCCAUGGUUAAGACUCUGAGGAUGUACGAAUAUCAAAGGCCAGUCAGUUUACCCAAGCUGGUUAAUUUCCACUGAGAUUCCUAGCUUCCCCCAGGUUUGUACCAUUAGAAGCCAUGGCUGAGAGGAUGCAAGAUAAAAGAGUACAUUUUAUUUAUCAAAAAUACUUCAGUAUAAAAAAUGAUUUAUCAUGGAAGGCACUCUGCUGCUACUUAUAGCAAAUGGCUCAAAUAUUGAAUUCGGCGCAUUGUAAGAAAUAUUUUUGUAAGACUAUAAUCAAAUGUUCGCUACUAUACUCUUUGUUUUGAAUUGCAUGCCUAUUUAUUGUCUUCAUUAUAGAUGUCCCCUUUUAGGAAAAUCUCAACAUCUGCAAGACAGAGAAAUAUAACUGUAUGUAGUAAUUGAAUCUGGCCCACUUCUGUUUAGUUUUUAAAAUGUGUGCAUGCAAUUUUACUAUAUUAAGACAGCUCAGAAAAGUCAGUAUAAAAAUAUGGAACCAUCACAGAAUACAAAUUUCAUGUCAACUCUUUGUUUUCUGAGCAGUGUGGUUUAAAUUUCAUUCUUAGAAUAUCCUGCUUUUUCUCUUAAAGGGGAUCCUUUAAAAAAGAAAAUACCUGCACACUUGAACGGGCUGUCCAUUUUUCUACAGAAACAUAUCUUUAUUGCUUUGGAAACAAAGCUGUGUUAAUGCCAACCAGCAGUAUAUGUAACUGGUGCUACUGGAUGUGGACAUUUUGCUCUUUACUCCCUAUCUCUGGCUCCUUUAACCCUUUUGUUUUCUUCUAAAUAUUCUUCUAACAGUAAGGCCCAUUCACUUCUCCCAAAUAAAUAUAUUUCUUCCUAAAGAAAAUUUUAAUCUUAGAGCAAUCUUGUCACUCAGAGAAACCCAGAUUCAGCAGCUGGAUUUCCUAGUAUCUGGUACUAACACUCAUUUUUGAAGGGAGAAUACCUGCCAUGUGGCCCUUCAGGUACUGGGUUGUUUCAACAAACCCUCCCAUUCCUCACUUGUUUCCUCAGAUAAAAAAAUCUUUCUGCAGAUUACAACUAGUAUAUUCAAAAUCCUGUACUGUUUAUACCUAACAUUCUAGCUGUAGGCUGUCUGGAGCUAAAUCACAGUGAUGCAUGGACAAGCAACUUUAGGAAUAAGCCAUGUCUACUCAAGCAUGUCACAUCCUUUUAAAAUCUGUGUUAUUUCAACACACCUUCCUGUUCUCCACUUGUUUAAAAGGAGGUAGCAAACCUGAAACUUUGUUCAUUUAUAAACGUGUGUUUUCUACCUUGGCUUUAAGAAAUUAAAAAAAGAGAACCUUUUUGGAAAAAACUUUUUAAUUAUUUGAAACAAUUGUUUUAUGUUUGUGGGGUUUUUGCACUGUGAGCCACCUUGCUGGGGCUGUUUUUAAUUCUGUAUUCAUUUGUACUCUGGGUCUUAAAUAGUUUCAAUAAAAAGUGUGAUUCUUUGUUA